AGCCUGAAUUAAAUCCAUGUAGUAAACAGUGUUGCUCCAGCUGUGCGCCGAGAAGUGAAAUAAAUCGCUACAUGUGGUAUUUGGCUACGAGCACGUUACGAUCAACGACACACAAAGGGAAGAGAGCCGGACUGGAGAUGGUGCAAACACACAGAGCACAGCGGAGGAGGUCAAAGACGGCGGGGAAGGAAGGUAGCUGCCAUGUUGAUGAGGAAAGCGCGUACUCUUCCUCACCGUCCACGUAUCACACUUUCCACGAUCCUGCUGAUGUCGUGCUGCUGCGCUCCAGGCUCCUCAGCUGGUACGAUGAGGAGAAGAGGGAGCUGCCCUGGAGGACUCUGGCUGUGACUGAGUCAGACCUGAACAUCAGGACAUAUGCAGUGUGGGUUUCAGAAAUCAUGCUGCAGCAGACCCAGGUUGCCACAGUAAUAAAUUACUACAACAAGUGGAUGAAGCGGUGGCCCACGGUGCAGGAUCUUGCAGCUGCUACACUGGAGGAGGUGAACCAGAUGUGGGCGGGCCUUGGCUACUAUUCCAGAGGAAAACGGCUGCAUGAAGGAGCUCAGAAGGUGGUGUCAGAGCUCAAGGGACAGAUGCCUCGUACAGUGGACAGCCUGCUAAAACAGCUGCCUGGAGUGGGACGCUACACUGCUGCAGCUAUAGGCUCUAUUGCACUGGGCCAGGUUACUGGAGCAGUGGAUGGCAAUCUGAUUCGGGUGCUGUGUCGCCUGAGGGCCAUCGGAGCCGACUGCACCAGUCCUGCAGUAACAGAGGCCCUGUGGGGUCUAGCCAAUAUGCUGGUGGACCCUGAGCGACCUGGGGAUUUUAACCAAGCUAUGAUGGAGCUGGGAGCACGAGUCUGCACCCCCAAAGGACCUCUGUGCAGCCAGUGUCCCGUACAGGCUCACUGCCACUCGCACCACAAGGUUCAUGUUAAACAAGAGACGAACUCCAGGAAGCUGUUGGGGAAGCUGGACAGGAAGCCGUCAGCGCUGCCUGAUAUAGAAGACUGUGUGGACGGCAGGACGUGUCCGCUGUGUCCCUCGGAGCCCUGGGACGACGCGCUGGGUGUUCUGAACUUCCCCCGAAAACCGGCGAAGAAGCCGCCUCGAGCGGAGCGAACUCUGACCUGCGUGGUGGUCAGACCCGGAGAGGAGGGAGAGGACGAGUACCUGCUCACACAGAGGCCAAACAAAGGUCUGCUGGCAGGCCUGUGGGAGUUUCCGAGCCUCCUGCAGGAGGAGAAGAGCUCUGACACUAAACAGAGGAGGGCGCUGUGUGCUGGGAUCAGCAGGGUACUGGGAACCCAUCUGACUGACAGCCUCCUGCAGUAUGUGGGAGAGGUGGUUCACAUCUUCUCCCACAUCCACCAGACGUACGUGGUGCACAGCGUGCGUUUGAGGGACAGCGGCACACAGACGCACACUGAAAAUGCACAGUGGCUCACCAGAUCUGCUCUGCAGGAAGCUGCUGUGUCCACGGGAGUGAAGAAGAUUCUGAAGCUUUGCGACUCCAUGCAGAGUCAAAAAGAACAAACGUCUAAGGAUGGAAAAAGGCAGAAGAGCACUGGCCCAAAGAAAGACAGGAAACCACAGACCUCUAAAAAACCCAGACUGAAUGCAGCUAGCGGUGGCGGAGGCAGCGGCAGCAGCAGCAGCAGGCAGCUCUCCCUCAGCUCCUUCUUCACGACAGUUAAACAGGAAUGCUGAUGAGAUUGUGUGUGGGAGUCACUCACGGUGCCUUAUUGUCAAAGCAUGAAUUAGAAACAAAGUACUUUUUUAACGAGAAGUUUGUGUGUAUUUCUGGAUCUUGCAGCUUUGAUGUCCCCGCAGUGAAUCAAAAGCUCAAUUUGACUUCAUGUUUUUAUCAUAUUAUCAUGUUAUGACUUGUCUCGCUUUGAAAUUACAUUGAUGGCAUCCUAAAAUUUAUUGGAGGAUUCAUUUCAUGUCGGACAUGUUUUACAAGCUGUUAAGAUAACUGUCAUGUUUAUCACCGCAAUAAAGAGGCAGCGUUAGUGAAGACGAAGUGUAGAGUAACUGUAGAUAAUAAAGACACAAGACAAACACCAGGUUUCAUGUCGGCUGCUGCUCUUCUUCCAACCAAGAAUCAAACCAAAUCAGUUUGACUGCUCGGUGGCACAGUCUGUCCCAGCUGUGAGAACUGGGCCUGCAGGGAUCCAAGUCCCAGUCCUGGAUUAAAGUCCACCAAUAGUGUUAUUUCUACACCGAGUGCUGGACUAACAGUAGGUUCAACAGGGCACAGAGUAGUGAUACACAAAUGCAACACACUGUGUAACUGCAUUCAU